AUGCUGACCCUCCCUUUGGAUUUGAUUCUUUAUAUCUCAGAUAUUGGAAAUUUGAGUAUCAAAGAUAUUUUUCACCUCAGUCAAGCCAACAAGCUAUUUAGAGAGAAAUUGCUGCACCCAUACUUUUGGCAUAUGGUGUACAAUCAAAAAAUUGGCAAAAUCUAUGAACUAUACGGUAUAUCAGAGCCUAUCCCUGAAAGCAAUUAUUAUCGACUCUGUAAGGAGCACCUUCGCAGAUUCAAUGAAAUUGAACGAGAGUUGAAUGAUUUUAAUGAAUCCAAAAAUUAUAAAAUUCGAGAUUACAUUACCAAGUAUUCAUUAGAUUUGGUUUUUCUACCAACUCUAUUAUAUUUCCUACGUCAAGAAGAUUUUCAAAUCAAGUUAAAUAUCAGAAAUAAAUCCAAUACUGUUGAAUUUUCAAAAGGCGUAUUUCUAGCCAAUUUGGUUGCUGGUCAAAGUUUCAAUAUUGGUAUAAAAAUGCUUACUAAGUUCUCUGAAGAGCCAUUGAAUUCCAGGUCCUACGAAUCAUUUUGGUUUGCCUUCAGCUUGUUACAGAAAAAGAGUUUUAAAUUAAUUAAAGCUCGAAAUUUGUUUCUUGAAGGAGCAGCAGAGACACUCAGAAAACUUACCACCGAGUACUAUCCGUUACCACUUGUUGACAAUAAGUAUACUUUCAAAACAGUUGAUGAAUAUUCUAAUAAGGUUGCACUUUAUACCCAGCUACUUUACCAAUCUUAUUGUGACAUUCGUUGUGAGGAAAGCAACUAUAUGGAAUCCACCAACUUGUUAUCGAUGUACAGUGGUCGUCACAAAGGUGACCAACUUCUUGUAGCAUCAUCAUUGAUAAAAGUGGUUGAUGAGGAAUUGGAAGCUCUAGAUAUCAGAAUUACCAGUGGUGAAGAUAAACCCAAACUUUUGUUAGCUCCUAUGGGAACAGCAUUAAUUGGUGACUACUGUGUCCCAUUUUUAGCUGGACAUCCAAGAGUGUUAAAGAAGGAAAAGUUUUUAAACGUGUGCAGAUCCAUUUCGGAACCAUUGGCAAAUAGAGCUUUGUUGCCGAUAACUAAGGAUGAAAUACAGGCUAUGAUUUGUUAUUACGGAACUGCACUCAAAUUUUUAGAUGGGCUAGAUGUGUUAUCACCUCCAUGUCAUCCAAGUACCUAUGGCGACGAUACUUUUACUUUUUUUGGCCAGUUCAUAUUGCCAUGUUUAUUCAGAAAGGAAGUGAGCAAUUUCAAUAUGCAAAUAUUACUACAAAAUGUCAGAGACUUUCUUGUAAAUGCCAAUCAUAUAUACUAUCCCAUUUUUAGUAGAUUGCCAAUUUUGAGUGGUUACUCGUUGCUCAUUGAAGAUGCACCUCAAUACUUACCAUGUAACUACCUGCCAAGCUUAUUACAAGGUAAAAUAGUCAUUACCAAUAGAUCAGAUGCUCCUGCAAUAGUUGUUGGGACCUGCAACGAUAGUCUGUUCUAUCAAGUCUUGAAUGCAUAUGGAGAGCUAGAGCGACUCCGUGACACUUCAUUUACAGUAGUGGACCGUGUUAAGGCAGAAGAAGUUGAAACGUUUGUUGAAUUGGUUGGCUUAGCAAAUUUGAUAUACGUGCGGAUCAAGGGAGUAAGUUUGAGAGAAGGUGAAGAACCUAGAUUUAUAAUAGAGUAA